CAAGAGUUUGAACUGUGCCAGUUGCAUUUGAAUUUUAAAGGAAACAUAACCUCCUCAGCUUUUUGGAUUGGGGAAAAAAACAAACACUCAAGUAGGCCUAUUGACACUGACAUCACUUAUAGGUAGAUGAUAAUGCUGAUGUCACAUGAGAUGUUGAAAAAAGGUCUGUUAUUUGUAGUCUGAAUUUGAUUGUGGCUUUGAGUUGGACUUCCCCUUAGUGGUUUGUGUAAAGUUUCCAUUUCUUUGUUUCGAAGCUCUAAAAUACGUGUGCAUCUCAUUGCCUUUGUGAAGGGAGCCAGAUUUCAUCAUGUUAAAUCAUUUUAAUCAAGGGAACAACUCAAGGAUCAUUCAAUUUCUAAUCUAUCUACUCAUAUGGUGUCCAGCUGCAGAGACUUUAACAGAUCAACUAACAGAUUUGGAACAAAAUGUGAUAAUAAACUGUGAUCUCAAUGAAAAUGAGGUUUACUGGGUCUUAUCGAAACUACAAGGUCCUCCAGUGAUUAUACUACGCUCUUUCUCAACUUCGACAACUCCUUAUUAUUACAAUAAAAGAUUCAGACACAAAUAUUCAAUGCGAUCAAAACAUCUGUUUAUAAGUAAUGUAACGAUUGAUGAAUUAGGAGUUUAUUACUGUAUGAACACAGAAAUCCCCCCAAAAUUCAGCGAUGGCACAAAACUACACGUCAUUGAACAAACUCAACAAACAGAGUGCCAGAAUUAUACAGUAUUGCAGUAUAUUCAGCAGAAUCAAACAGAAGUGAGCUAUAUUCAGCAGAAUCAGACACAAUGGCAGAUUAUUACAGUCAUAUCUUGUCUGCUAAAUGGUGUUCUGAUCAUUGGUACUUUAAGUUGUUACUCUGGAGAAAGCUCAAAACUUCAAAGUACAGAUUUACAGUUGACUCAAGCAAUGGUUCUGCAACCAUCUCAAGAGCUAAGCAAAGAACUGUACACUGAAGUGGUCUUUUCCACGCUGUGUGAAGGUUUUGGAAACAGUUAAGUCAACAGAACCUGGGCUUUUCUGCUGGGUCAUUGUUACUGGAAGAACACGGCAGAACAAUGGAGUCUCCAGUAAAACCCACAACUGUCACCUGCAGAGAUGCUGAAAUGAGAGAGAACUUAGAAAAAUACACAGUUUGGUAUAUUGGAAUGUGGCAUGAAUUUGUUUGGUAGGAGCUCACCUUUGCAUAUUAGCAGUAUAAACAGAUAGAUGAUGCAAAGACUAUAGAAACAAAAAAAACAAACAAACCAAAAAACAUUUUUACAGAAAGAUCUGGUUGAAUGUGACAGUUAUCUUAAAAGUCUUGAAGGGUGACUAUCAAAACAUUGCUGUUUGUUUGAGCAUCCUGACCAGCCCAGCAUUAGCUCAGCCAAUGGCGUGUGUUUCGGGCUAGAUUAUGCUGUUCUGCCAACCAAUUUUGGGGAGUGUUUGGGGAAAGCUAUUUGAAAAAAACAAUAAUUAUUUUAGCAAUUCCUUGAUGCUGGAUUCACAGACUUGCACACUUUAAAUUAAAUAAUUAGUUCACCCAAAAAUGAAUAUUCUCUCAUUAUUUACUCACGCUUAUGCUGUCUCAAACUCGUAUUACUUUCUUUCUUCUGCCAAACU